UUUGUGCUGAUGAGGCGGGGGUCCAGUGAGGGACGGCCUCCUUGCCCAGGAGGGUGGCCGGGUCAGCAUGAGGCUGGAGGACUUGGGGGGCCGGUGUGCCCCUGCCGCACGCCUUUAUGGACCUCAGUCUCCCCUUCUGUGAAUUGGGUUGAUGUUCAUGCCCGCCUCCAAGGCUUGAGGGGGCAAUCGGAGAGAAGGUCAUGGCACUGCCCUGCCGGGGGCUUUUAUCGGCCCCUACCUUUCUCGGUUGGAAUCCGGGCUCUGUCCCCCUGAGGCUGAGGAUGAGACCAUGGCUGCCCUGAGGUGGCCCGGGCCCUCCCAGCAGCCAGGUGACCUUCGGAGAGCUCCCAUGGCCUGGUCUGACAACAUCAAGCAGCCAGGCCCCCGGGGGAAGGCCCGCAACCACCCAGUGUGGUCAGAAGGCGAGGAGGCCAAGGAUGGGGACAGCUUGGUGUCAUCAGGCCGCCUCUCCGGCUCCUCUGGGGGCCAUGAGCCCUGCACGUCUCCCCGGGCCCUGGAAGGAGAGGCCCCCCAGGUGCUGGGGCCCCGGCGGCAGCCCAGAGAGAACAGCCCACGGCUGGAGCUGCUGAGGGACAGGAUCCGGGCCCAGGCCCAGUGGCAGGCCAGCUGCGCCUCCCUGGGCACCUCUGCCCCGUCCAGCGCCUCACGCCUCUACAGAGCCUCCAAGCCAGACGCCCGGAGGAAGGCGGGGAGGCCGAAGAAGGCCCCUCCGGCCCCGUGGGAGGCCCUCGGGCCCCUGGCUUCCGCCGCAGGCUUAGGCGCCCUGAGGGCGGCUCCAUGCCGAGUGGAAGACAAGACGAUCCCCGGCCCAGGGUGCAAACCCUCCGGGGUCCCUCAGCGCCAGGCCUCAGUUCCCCGGGAGAAAGCCAAAAGGCAAAGUAGUUCUUGCAAGAGGGAGAAGACCCCCAGAGCGCCCGUCCCCCGGGGAGCCGCCAGGAAACCAAGAUUCUGAGUGGUUGGUGUGCACGCCUGGAGGAAAGGACCAGCCCUGGCGAGGGCCCUCCUCGGGCCCGCUCCUGCCCUCCCCAGGCUCCAGAACAAGGCUCCCAGAGACCAGUCCCCCACCGUGGACUUAGGUAGCUGGUACCUCUCCUCCUGGGCCCCCCCUGCUCUGCUGGGACGUCUGGAGGGAGAUAGCAGGAAAGUCGGAGGCGAGAGCUCCCCCGUCUGCCCCCGGAUGCCCAGCCCAGCCUCUGGCCAUGACCCGCCACUGUCCGCCAACACACCCCACCUGGCUUCCUGCGAUCAGCCUGUGACCAUCCAAAAUGCUUUGACUAUCCUUAGAGACCUCCGCCAGCAGAUCCAGGCUGGGCUGGAGCUGGCCCGGCAUCGCCACCCCAGCAGAGGGCUAGAGCUAGGACAGUCAAACCUGUGGCUGCAGGACCCAGCAGGGAGGAGGCAGUGGGGCCCCUGGAGCACCCCAGAUGUGCGGGGCUCCUUCUCGAAGAGUCCUCAAGCAGGGACGAAAGGGAGGCGCUCCUCCCCAGACCAUGCCGGCAGCUUUCCCACUGGACAUCACUGGAGCACCCUGGCUGGACGGGAUUCCUAUCCCCAGCCGACUGGAGCAGCCCAAGGGCAGAACCCCUCCUUCCAGGGGCCCGGGAGCCCCCCCGAGAGGCUGACCUCCUUGCCUCACCGGCCCUGGAGUGCCUUGGCCGGGCAGGCCUCCAGGACCCAGCGGACUGGAACACACCAAGGAUGGAACCCCUCCUUCCAGAGGCCCGGGGGCCCCCCUGAGAGCCUGACCUCCUUGCCCCAACAGCCCGGGAGCACCUCAGCCGGGCAGGCCUCCAGGUUCCAGCAGACCUGGGCUACUUAUGCAGACUGGGAGACCCCUGUCCGAACACCGUGGAGCCCUUGUGGCCCACGGUCCUGGAGCGCCUCCUUCCCGCAAGGCGCCAGCACCCUGUGCAAGGCCAGAGGCUCGCACCAGCCGCCCUCGGAGACGGAGCACAGCUGGCUGAGGCCUGCCGGGGGUGCACCUGGGAGGGAGAAGGAGGGGCGGGUGCCGCCACCCUGCCCGAAGCCCCGGGGGGCCCUGGGCCACCCCUAUAAUGCUGAGGCACUGCGGGAGUUCAUGCGCCAGAAGACUCAGGCCCGGCGGCGGCAGGCCUUGGAGGAGAAGGCCUCGGCCAUGCGCCUGGAGCUGAGGAACCAGCGGCUGCAGGACGUAAGGAAGCAGCGGGAGGCCGUCCUCGGCAAGGCCGUCCCUAUGGUCUCCCAGACGACCCCCGGCAUCGUGACCUUCUUCCCGCACUGUGCACAGUCCAGGGGCCUGGAAGCUCCCGGGAGCCUGGGGUCGCCUGUGCUGGAAUGGAGCAAGGUGACCUCUGGCAUGGUGCUGGAGGACCAGGAGGCCCCGGGCAGCUUCUGCCUGUGUUUGAACAGAGCCUUGAACCGCUCUGAGACUCUAGAGAUGGGCGGCCCCCGGGACGGCUGGGAUGGUGCCCCCAUGCUGAUAUCCUCCCGCUCCUCCCCGGGCCCCCUGAAGCUCCAGGACCUGACCACCCGCCCCCCGCGCCCAGGCGUGUGCAUCUACCUGGACCCAGAGGAGAGCGAGCGCCUGGGCACCCCGGGGCCCCUGCAUCUCCGCUAUAAACAGGCCCGGCUGCAGGCACUGGAGACCAUGGCCAAUGUCCUGAAGCAGCGGAUCGACAUCCUCACAGCCAAGCUACACAGGCCGGAGACACCAGAUGCUCUCCGGGACCCAGUGUCAGACCCCUGCACUGUGCCUGCUGCCCCUGUCUUCGGGGCCCUGGUGCCCGACGAGAGCAGAGGGGGCCCCUGGGACUGGGCUGACGAGCCGGCCAGGACGCUGGUCUCUCCCACCUGCUUCCUGGACAGCAGGCCACUGCCGUAGCCCGACUGGGAGAGGCGGCAGAGCGUGAGCCCGAGAGGCCACCACUACAGGGAGUCCCAAGUUGAUGGUGUCCAUCUCCCCAAAGGUUUCAUUGAGGACGGGCGUUUGGAGUUGGAUAAAAGGCUGGCAAGAAACACGGCUUCCUUCCAGACACUCGGUCCCUCAUCGGGCAGCUCCCUUGGGGUGCCAGCAGUGCUGGACCCCACCAGCGGCUCCCUGCGGCUGGAGGACGUGCCAGCGGCCAGAGGGGCAAGCUUGCUCACGCCCUGGACCGUGCGAGGCUGCGGUCAGCGCUCUGGGCACCUUGCCAACAUCCCCUGGAAGUCCCCAAGCUCUCUCAAGUCCCUGCAGCUGGACCAGGAGAAGCCGGAGCAGGCGCUGGCGCUUCUGCGGCAGCAGGCGGAGCUGGAGGUCUGGGAGACGCAGAAGGCCCUGGACCAGCUGCUCUUCAAGCACCAGCUGGAGCAUCUGAUGGAGAAACACUCCCCCCAGGCCAGACCAGACCCGGCUUUUGGCUUCUGCUUGGAGCAGGAGCGGCCACGGGUGUGUCGAGUCCUGGAGCCAACAUCUCCGAGCACCGAGACCGCCAGCCCCAGAUCACAACCAGCCAGGGGCAGAGACGCUGCCACACCCUCCCAGGGUCCCCAGGAAGGACAGCAGAGUCAAGAGGACAAGUCCACUUCUGCAGAGCCCAGACAGGAAGUGAGAGCAGACCAAGCUCCCUCCCAGCGGCCCCUGGCCAGGCCCGACCCUCCGGUCAGCCCCACACCACAGUGGAGCCUGGCGGGGCCCUGGAAAGCCAACGUCGCGGGAAGCCCCGGCCACUUCACGCUCCAGAUGCUCGAGCUGAGCCUGCGGGAGGAGGAGCUGCGAGCGCAGCACCAGACCGCGCUGCUGCGCCUGCGCGAGACGCUGGAGGAAAGGAUGCGCGCUGAGCUGGCCUGGUUGGAGCAGCAGCGAGGGUGUCUGGGUCGCAAGGGGAGCGCCGCGGUGCUGGCAGUCUUGGCAGAGAGGCAGAAGCAGGCCCUCAGCAGCCUGAGCAGGAGCAGGUAAGGAAUCCGGUGCCUGCAGAACGCUCACCGGUUCUCGCACGAGGAGAGGAAGCUGCUUCUGCAGCACCAGAGGGACAUCCUGUCCCUGCGGACGGCCGUGGCACAGCUGCAGCAGGAGCUCGAGGCCCGGACCGGGCUGCCUCAGAGGUCCGGCCCCAAAGUCAAGACCGCUCAGAUGGAGGGGCCGGCACAGGGCUCCCUGUGCCCGUCAACACCACGUAGGCCUGGCGACCCCACCAGCCCCAGCCCCCGGAGAAGCUCCGAGAGCCCACGCGCCCAACUCCUUCCCACUGGGCAGGAGGACGGGACACACCCCAAGGCCACUUCAGCUGCAGACAGUCAUCGACCGCCUCCAAGACCUGUGUGGGGAGAGGACAUGCCUGUGGCCAGUGGCUGGCCUGACGCUGGGGGCCCACUGGUAGAGAGCCAGAUCCCUGUGGACCAAGGAGACCCCCCGCCCAACCCCCGCCCUUUGUCGUCGAUGGAGAGGACGCAGCCUCUGACAGAACGCCGUGGGCAGAAACUCCAGGGCCAGCACUCCCUGGGCAGAAGGAGUCCCUGCAGCCCCCCAGAAGCCAGCCAGGUGGCUGAAGGCAUCAUAAGCCCGGCAGGGUCGGAACCAGAGCUGGAUUUUGCCGACAGCCCCAAGGAGGAGCCCUACCAGAUGGAAAGCCGGGCGUCAGGGGGACAGAGGAUGGAGACCUGUUGGCAGGAGGACCCCCACGACCCCUUCUCUCGGCCGGAAGCCGCCCCAUGGACUGCUGCUCCAGCUCCUGCGUCCUCCAGCCCGCGUGCGGGCAGCCCCCUGGGGCUGGGUCCCGAGUCCGAGUCCGAGUCAGCUCCCCGGACCUGUGCCGGGUCCCGUGCCGCCUCCCCCCUGAGCGGGCUGUCUUGCUGUUCUCUCCAGGACUUUCAGAAGGCGUCUGCCAUGCUGGUGCAGCUUUCCGAGAGCUCCGUCUCCCUCUCGGACUGGGAAGCUGGGGACCCCACUGAUGCAGACCCUGGCUGGUCUAGGGAGCUCUCACCUCAAGACUCCUGGGGCGUCCACUGGGGCGGGGAGCGGGUGGCCUGGGAGAGGCUGGAGGGCAACAGGACCGGUCCCCAGGGCGGCUCCCCCAUGGACGCAGGGGGUCCAGAGCCCAGGGGAGGCCUCGUGCAGGCGGGCCGGCUGCUGCCUCUCCCGGAUGCCCCUUCUGGGAGGUCAGGGUCAGAGCUGUCAGAGGCACCCAGCAAGGUCUGGGAUGAGGAGAACCUGCUGGGGCCAGGCCCUGGUGCUGACCCAGGCUCAGGGCGCCACUCCCCUGCAGGAGGCUCAGCUCACCUGGAAGGUGGCAGGGCGCCCUGCUCUAUACCUCCUUCCCUGGGCCUUGGGGAGGGGCAGGAAGCUUCCAGAACCAGCGGGAGCCUGAUCAGUGGAUUAAAUACAGAAAGAGGCAAACAGGUGUCACCGGAGGCUGCCUUCCCACCACUCCCAUCCACAGCCUCUCCCUCCCGUGACUUAGACCUGCCCCUUUCCUCUCCCUCCGGGUCCCUGGCAUCCGGAGGGGUGGAGUUUGGUGAAGCGGGAGACACUGGGGCUCUACAAGCCUCGGCUGGCUGCCCAGAGGGGCCUGGGGACACUGACCUGAGUCCGUCCAACCACAGGAAACCUCAACAGGCCUGGUCUGAGCCUGAGGUCCCCGUGAGUCCGCAGGCUCCUCCUGGGGACCCUGGUGGUCUGGUAGCCCAGACACCCGAGGGCUGGGCACCUGGGCAUAGGGGGAGGGGACACUCCCCUGCCCCAGAGGAAGCCUGCCCUACCCUGGCCAGCGGGGUCUUGCCCGAGAUCCUGUCCCCCGUGGACGAUGUGCUGUCCUAUGGCAGUGCUGACCUUCCGUCCUCCACCCACAGGGACACCAGCCUCCCUCCUUGGCCUCCCACCCUCCCAGCAGAGCUGCACUCAGGAGACUUCCCUCCCCCACCUGAAGACGCCAUGUCUCCUGGGGGCUCACCGGGCCCCCCCGGGGAGGAUGCCUCCAUUAGAACUGGGGAGUUGCCCUCCUUGUCUGAGGAGGUCCUGCCUGAGCCACUGUUCCCGGGGCCCCAAGAGUCAGGGCUCUGCCUGGGGGCGGGCAGACAGGGUGGAAGCCUUGGGGAAAAAUUGGGUGAAUCGUGUUCUGAUGGGGGAGCUGAGGCUGUGGGCAGCCAGUGGUCUGAGCCAGCUUGCUGCCUAGGAUCCUCCUUGUUGUGGGGGGAUGGUGGUGCUGUGGGGGAGCUCCCAAGGCUGCCAGCGCAGCCCCCAACCCCAUCCAGAGUGGCCUUCAUGGCCAGGGAGGGUCUGCCCAUGUUGUUGUCAGCCGGAGGUACGGGGCCGUCUGGCACCGGGCACAGUGACCCGGAUCCUGCUUUGGGCGCGGGCUCCCACGCAGAUGUACCUGGUGGGGAGAGAGCCGAGGUGGUGGACUUGGUGUCCAGCCAGCUCACCAGAAGGAUCCUGUGCGACACGCUUGCUGUGCUCUCGGAGCUGGCCCAGCCGGCCGCCCGCUGAUGGAGAAGCAGCUGUGUCCCCACGGCUGACCCGGCAUGUCCCCAAGACUGAUGAGACUCCUGAGGAGACAGGACAGGGCCUGCGGUGACACACACCUGUGACAUUGCUGUGUCACUGUGCCUAUGCAUGCCCGUGUGUGUGGGAGGCUCCGGAAGCCUGGACCACUGAGGGCAGAGCUGCCGUUCAGAAUAGCCACCUGCCGUCGGCCGUGCAGGUGGUCCUCUGACGCUGGGCGGGGGACUGGGCACUGGCGUGACAUCCCGUGCAGUGGGCUCUGUUCUUCCGGGCUUUGGGUCCACGGCUUCCAUCAGGCCCCAAAAGGGUCACUGCUGCGCAGUUCAAGAGGCGGGAAGCUGAAAGGUUGUGUGGGGCGUGUCCGAAGGCUGGCUGGCCCAGGACAGAUGCGGAAGUCACACCCAUUUGAGAGAGAACAUUCUGGAGGAGCCGGGAAGGGGAGCAGCUCUGAGGCGGAACCAGGCGCCAGCCCAAGCUGACCGCCCGCCAGCACGGAGAGCCUUCCGCAAAGGCCACGGGAGAGAGCACUGUUCUGGGGAUGUGGGAAGCCCGGGUGGAGGUGGGCAGGGGGCACAUCUGUGCAGGCUCAUUCCCUCAGCUCUGUGGCCCUGGGAGGCCCAGACCUGCAUGUAGGCCAGCCCAGCUGUGUGGAUUAGAGAAGUAGCCCACUCAAGGGCCAAAGGUCACGGGCCAAAGUUUGGCCUGUCCUCUGGGGGUAGGUGGGCCCAGGCCUACGUGAGCCCUCAGGACACCUUCUGGAAGACACAAGAGCCCGUUCCCUGGUGGCCAUCUACCAUGGAAUGAGCCCUCGGGGACACCAGCAGUCUUCCGGGUAAGGGCGGGGUGCUGACCCCUCAGGCCUUGGCUCCUUCCAUCCAGGGCCUCACACUUCUCAGCUUUCGGAGAGGAACUCAUCCCCUCGACAGCAUUUAUGGACCCCUGGGAAGACCCAGACCUUCGUGACUUGUAGUUUAGGUAGGACACAGGUAGUUUAGCCCUGAGGUUGGCCCGUGCCCUCCACCUUCUGGCUCCGGCAAGCUGCUUCCUCCAGGCAGCCCUCCACCAGGCCCCAGCUCAGGGGCAGCCACGUGUCUGGGCCGGCUGCUGGCCAGACCCACCUUUGUCACAGGCUGGCUCGUCCUGGCUCGGGGCUCGGGUAGGCACAGCUAAGACACCUCACGCGCUCCUGCUUUCGCCCGGGAGAGGCUUGGACCGGGGUGGGGGUGUUCGCGCUCUGUAGACACAUUUCCAAACGGCUUCUGAGCUACAGCUUUUUUAUUGAUUUCCUUCUAGUUUUCUGAACAAAUUAGUCUGUAAUUUUUUAUUUUUCUCUAUUUAUUGCUGACCCUUUUGGAUUUACGAGGCUAUCUGAGAGGAAUUAUGUAUCUCACACACACACGUUUGGCUACCAUGGUAAUAAAUCUCUUGCGUCAAAACCCUGCAGAUUUGCCCCCUUUCUGGUGGCCGUGGGUGGGGCGGCUGCGCUCCCAGCCAGACCCUCCUGAGCGACCUUCCCCAGUGCCGGUGGCCCCGCACCCACGACGGCCCUGCGCUCUGCGGGAACUUUGUCCAGCUCAGCCCCGGGGAAGGUGUCUGACGCCCUCAGUCUCCCCCGACCCGGCGAAUGCAGAGCGCGACUCUGGCGUUCAGGUCCAUGGAGCCGGCAAAAUUCCACACCGAGACUGUGGCCGCCAGGGCCUCACGCCUUGGCUCCAAUCCCUGACAAUCUCUUGGGCCGAUAAAUCCUGAUACCGGCCUCCAGAGAAGUCAUUUUCUUUCAUAGAAAACGAUUAUUUCUCAGUUAAAGCCCACAUUUAAUUUUCCAGUGACCUGUCUCUUUCAGCUGUCCUGCUUUGCCGUCCCCUUCUGCUUUUGUAAAAUGCCCCCGGAGGCACCUUCAGCGCUUCAAA